AUGCUGUCCCAACGAUUCGCGCGGGUCUCGACGAUCCGCGGCGCCGCCCAGGCCGCCCGACGAACUCCCAUUGUCCAGCAGCGAACCUUCUUCCCGCCUCAGUUCAACGACCGCAAGGUCCUUGAGGAGAAGUACCCCGACUACCCGACCCUGUCCGACGCGGAGGACCCCGGCAUGAACGGCGGCUACAUCAACCCUCCCUUCAUCAAGAGACAGUUCCGCGACCCUCACGCCGACUGGUGGGACAAGCAGGAGCGCCGCAACUUUGGCGAGCCUGUCCACGAGGACCACGACCUGCUCGGCAUGUUCUCGCCCUACGAGUACACCUGGACCACCACCGGCAAGGGUUUGCUCCAGAUCGGAGCCUUCGUCGCUACCUUCCUUGGCCUCUGCGGCAUCGUUGCCGCCAACUACCCCGACAAGCCCUCGUACCCCAGAGAAUUUCCCGAUGGACUCGAGAGAGAGUUGGGAGGUGCUAGCGCUGUGCGGGCGAGAAAGGCUGGCGACGCCGACCCAUAA